GAAGAAAAUAUUUUUCUACUAACUAUAGUACAUCGCACUCCAAUAUUUUCUCGUUUUUUACCCAUAUAUCCAAUACUAUUUUAGUUAAUUCCUGUUUAAAGUUUUAGUUCAACACCCAGAGUUGCAAUUUGAAAUGUUUUUAGUGAGAAUUAGGGGUGUUUUGUGUGUAAAAAUUGCAUAAAUAUUUUCAAGAACUUUGCAAGAUGAAAAAGUACGAUUGAACGUAACACGUGCGUCAAAAUUCCAUCCGAGGUUGUGGCGCGCAAAUUGAAUUGGUUAACUCGUUUGGUUGAAUUUUCCGCUGGCCCGAGGUUUUGUUUACUUUUUUUUCCGCGCACACAGAGUCAUCAAAUUUACACGGUUCCAUAUCAAUUAGCGCCAAUUUAUCUGCCUUUUGUACUCCAUGCCGUGAGUGCAAUUAAGAUUUUCCAUGAGUGCCACUAUGCGAGAUUAAUCGAAUUCACCAAGUUUCCCAGCAACUUUGUGAUAUAUAUUUUCUAAUUAAAUUCCCCCGAGAAUGCCAUCACCGUCAACCACAGCAUCACCUAUGGAGGAUUUCCCUGAAUACCACAGCGUCCGGCAAACGGACAGUAUGUCCAAUUUAAGUGAUAUGUCCGGCAACACGACAACUCAGCAGGGCAAUCGCCCACGAAUGGACGUUGCGUGUGUUAUCGACACACAUCAAACUGAGAGUCUGCAGCAUCGGAAGUGUGCUCUGGAAGAAAUUAAACAAGCUUGCUCCCUUGUGAAUGCAAAUCUGCAAUACAUUCAGUUUGAGAAGCUUGAUUUUGGCGAGACUAAUAUUCUGGAUACCUUCUACAAUGCCGAUGUUGCUGUAGUUGAUUUGAGUAUUCAAAUACAGCAGAGUGCCCUAUCUUAUCAUUUAGGCGUACGUGAAAGUUUCGGGAUGAAGGAGAAUAUUCUAAUGUACAAUGACACACAUGCAGAGUCAACGCUUCGUUUGAAGAUUUCCUGUGGGACAUACACGUUCUUGUCGUACAAAUUGCUCGAAGGUGAGGGAAAUAAUUCACCUGUAUCGUGCAUUGUGACAAAUCCAACAAGCGGAAAAUUCAGUGAAGACCCCCAAGAUCCGAAACAAUCUCUUGUGCAGAGAUUAAAGAAGCUCCUGCAGGAUGUGGAGAUUCAGUCAAAGGCACACAUGAGAGAGAAAUUUCUAACGGACUUGAGGGUGGCACGUGAACAAUACGGUGGGGAGGAGUUGGCGAAAAUUUUGCACAACAUGCGAAAGCGCUUGGACGACCCCAAUGUUGUCUCGGGUGAAGUUGUGCACAGCUAUAUGUGCUCACUGAGGGAUGUACAGGACUACGAUGCAAUGGUACAAUUGGUGAAUGACUUGAAAACUGUCCCCAAUAAGCAAAAGUACAUAACUACGGGCAAUAUGAGUUGUCUAUAUGCUUUUGCAUUGAACCGUCGCAACCAAGAGGGGGACCGUGAGAAAGCACUCAAGACGUGCAUUAAGGCGUUGGAUAAGAAAGAGAACCAUUUCCCAGACAUGCUGUGCCUCUGUGGGCGUAUUUACAAGGAUAAGUUUGUGGAAUCCAACCACACAGAUAUGGAUAGUCUGAGGAAUGCUAUUAAAUGGUAUAGACGAAGUUUCGAGGUGCAACCAAAUGAAUAUGCGGGAAUUAAUUUGGCAACCCUCCUCGUGAUCGAUGGCAAAGAUUUCUCAAACACGGAAGAACUUCAGCACAUCGGGGUUGUUCUCAACAAUUUAAUUGGCAAGAAGGGAAGUUUGCCAUCGCUCUCGGAGUAUUGGGAUGUGGCGACAUUCUUCGAGAUAUCAGUAUUGGCGGAAGACUAUGGCAAAGCAAUUCAAGCGGCAGAAUGUAUGUUCAAACUCAAGCCACCCAACUGGUACUUAAAAUCCACAAUUGGCAAUAUUGCCCUCAUCGAUCGCUUCCGCAAAAAGUCCGAGGAUGCCGAGUCGAGUCUUGAGCAGCAAAUUUUUCAAUUUUGGAUGGAAUUCUUCAUUGAAGCCACGAAUAUGGAGCCAAAUGAAAAUAUACGCUUCCCCAUUCUCAUCCUUGAGCCACAGAAAAUUUACAUGCCCAGCUAUAUGAUUGUCAAUAUGGGUGCUGAAGAGAAAUCCCUGCAAAUUAUUAAUAUAUGUUUGGCACAUUCAAAAGGCACAUGCAAGAAAGUACAUGACUUUCUAUUUACUGCCAAUCAAAUUAAAUCAGUCAGCUUGUACAAAAGAGAUGAACGCUGUGCAUAUUUAUACGUACAUCACAAUUCUGAUGACUUCCAAAUUUACUUCCCAUCUGUGCCAUGUCGUCAGAGAUUCUACAAUAUGGUAUUGGAGAUGACAGCUGACCAAGAGGUGUUUGUAGAUCUAUCCUUGGAUACAGAUCAAAUAAAAUACGAAUACGACUUGGAUGAUCAAAAUAAAAGGAUUCAAUUGGGAAGAGGCACGUACGGGGUUGUUUAUGCAGCCCGUGACCUUAAUACUCAAGUUCGUAUUGCCAUAAAGGAAGUUCCUGAAAAAUUCUCACACGAUGUCCAGCCAUUGCAUGAGGAGAUCAAACUCCACAGUCAGUUGCGACAUAGAAAUAUAGUUCAGUAUUUGGGUUCAGUGUCUGAAGAUAAUUUCUUCAAGAUAUUCAUGGAGCAAGUCCCAGGAGGUUCCCUUUCUGCCCUACUCCGCUCCAAAUGGGGCCCACUGAAGGACAAUGAAUCCACAAUUGCAUUUUACUCAAAACAAAUACUUGAAGGACUCAAAUACCUCCACGACCAGAAGAUUGUGCAUCGUGAUAUCAAAGGGGACAACGUUUUAGUGAACACGUACAGUGGUGUCGUUAAAAUAUCGGAUUUUGGAACAUCUAAGCGUUUGGCGGGUAUUAAUCCCGUAACGGAAACCUUCACAGGAACACUGCAGUAUAUGGCACCGGAAGUGAUUGAUCAAGGUGUUCGAGGAUAUGGACCGGCUGCUGAUGUUUGGUCCUUUGGAUGUACAACGGUAGAAAUGGCCACCGGGAAGCCGCCAUUCAUUGAACUUGGUUCUGCUCAGGCAGCUAUGUUUAAAGUUGGCUUCUACAAGAAGCAUCCGGAAAUACCUGAAGAAUUGUCAACAAUGGCGAAGAAGUUCAUUUUGAGGUGCUUUGAAGUUGAUGUUCAAAAACGUGCAACGGCAGCUCAGCUUCUGGAAGAUCCUUUUCUAUCUGAUAAACACCGUAAAUCUGUGCGUGCUCCCGCACCGGCUGUUGCAGAGUUCUCCAGAAGUGUUUCAGUUCCAGCUGAACGCCUCAUUUCAAAGAAUGUCUCACCACAGAGUAGUCAGUCUUGCGCUACGCCAACAACACCUGAAUUGGAUAGCUGUUUGUCAUCGACAAAAACAUCACCGUCGAAGACUCCACUUCACAAUCACUUGGCUCCUAUUCAAAUAUCAUUGACGACAACCAGUUUAAGUAGCAUAUCCAGUCCCACAAUUGAACUCGAAUCUGAAUCUGAUUCCAGUUCAUUCAGUUCAAAUAGAAGAUGUUCCGGUGGGCUACUCUCACCAGAGGUUGAGCUCUCAGGAUCGAGUACGAAGAGUGUUUCGGGUGAAACAAGUGAAUGUGACGGUUUUUACAUGCUGAAAAAGGACUCCCAACGAAGGACAACUCUGUCAAAAGUACUGAGCAAUGAUGAGGAAAAAAUAUGUGAUGUCUGGAUGGAUAAGCUUGUCAGUGAGCAUAAAGUUCAAAUUGUUAUCAAUAAAUCACACCUGGAGCUUAUAAUUAGAGCCCUGAGAUCCUAUAUAAUUGAGCAAAAUAGAGAUUUUCUGGAAAAUGCAAUAGGGCAGCUGAAGAAAAAUUUAGAUUUCGAUUCAACAGCCAUUGAUCAUCUUCAUCUAGCUCUUUAUUCCUUCCAAGAUGCUGUAAUAACAGUACUGAGGUCACACAGCAUCAAGCCUCAUUGGAUGUUUGCUUUGGACAAUCUCGUGAAGAGUGCUGUUCAAGCUGGUAUUACGGUGCUCUCUCCCGAAUUAGGUGCUAAUCUCGCGGGUCAAAUUGACGCCGGUGAUGAUGAUGAUGGUGAAGAUAUGUCCACAUCGGGUGCCAGCACCGUGAAUUCAACAAAAAUUAAACCCUCCAAGAUAUCAGUUGAUAAGAAAUUCAUCACUGAUGAGUACAAUCAGCUAAAGGUGGAAAACAUGCGACUUAUGCAUGAGCUAAUUGAAUCUCAGAAAACGUAUCAGGCAUUCUUGAAGGGUGCCAUUGAGGAGCACCAUGUAAAUUUGGAAGUUAUGAAGAACUUCCUCGGGCAGCUGAGCAGUACAACAAAUCUCUUUGAGCGCAGUACAUCGCAGGGGUAUUCGAGUGACUUGAGUGAGAAUGGUCGACAAAUUCGCGUUACGGCAGACGAUAGUUCACCAACGACAAAUGAUACAGAGUGCAAAAGACUCUCUCUUGGCAGGAGUUGUCUUCACAAUAAGAAUGACUACAGUCGCUCCAUAAGUAUGAUGUCCAAUCGUCGAAUUAACUUUGCAAAUACACUACCUGAUGCCACCACAAAAAUGGAUAGUAGACUCAAUGAGUGGCUCAUUAAGUGCAACAUCGAUGCUUACACGAGAAAUAUCAUACACGGAGAAGAAUUCUCUUACGAGGACUUCCUGUAUGGACUCCAAAAGGAUGAUCUUCGACGACUUGGCUUAAAAAUUGGCAUAGAAGUAAAACUUUGGAAUGCACUGAAAAAUCAUAGAGCAAUACACGGAAACAUCACAGAAGAGGCUGAAAAUGUAAAUUGUGCUGAAAACUCAAAUUCAAGCAGAGAAGUACUCAUGGAUAGCCUGCGGGUCACAAAAUCCAGCUCCAACUCCAACUGCAACAGUUUCGACUCCAACAGCACAUCAUCGGAAAAUGUGGAUUACGAUUCGUGCAAUGGCUUUGACGACAAGAGCGACAUGUAAAGCUUCCGAUACUUUUGCAAAAAAUCCCCCAAUUUUUUUUUACAUUUUCUCAUCCACUAACUUGCCACUAUCUUCCCACAGACGCUCCUAACCCAGUGCCAUUUAUAUAUAAUAAAAUUAUAUAUUUUUUUGUGUAAAUCUAUACUCAAAGGUAUAACAAAAUACUUUAUUAUUAUACAACUACAAAAAGUUUAUUAUAAUUUUUUCUGCUCUUUUUUUUUUCAAAAUGAUAAAAUAGCACAAAAAAUGUAACAAGAUGUGAUGAUUAAAUAGAAAGAAAAUAAUGAUCGUGAUGUGCCUUUGGUAGAAUUUACAAAAUUAUAUAUUUUUGUAACUGUGAGAAAUGAAAAUGAAAAAAAAAACUGUAAAACAGUAAACAUCACAUAUUAAAAUGUAAUUUUUAAUGUUAAAUUUUUACAUGAACAAAAUACUAAAAAAAAUCAACGCAGUUCUUUAACUUGCGCAGAUGCAAGAAACGAAUUUUUUGUUUGUUAAAAACUUCUAUCUGCGGAAUAAGCAUAAAAUGUAUACUAAAAAAAAAUUGUAAAAUUGUAUAAAAGAAUGUGUUACAAUAUAAAAAAAGAAAAAAACUAUUGAUUGAAA